CUGUUAUGUGCUGCUGCUGAUUGUGUUUGUUGGAGGAUGUCUGACAUCGCAGAAUCUCCCACAGAAAAUCAAAAAGAUGAACCUUCUAUACAGCACAAUGUCACUGAGCAUGCGGGAUCACCGGAUGAGAAGAAAAAGAUUGACAUACUGUUAAAGGCUGUCGGUGACGCACCCAUCAUGAAGACCAAGAAAUGGGCUGUGGAGAGAGGGAGAACAGUACAGUCCCUUGCUCAGUUCAUCUCACGCUUCCUCAAGCUGGAGCCUAGUGAACAACUGUUCAUUUACGUCAAUCAGUCAUUUUCUCCGUCACCAGACCAAGAAGUUGGUGUGCUUUUUGAGUGUUUUGGAAGUGAUGGGAAACUAGUUCUCCAUUACUGCAAGUCCCAGGCCUGGGGAUGAUCUUAUUUCUCUUUAUCUCAAAUCUCCCACUGUCUUUCUUAUGUGAACACCUAACACAUUCAGUAUCAAAACAAACCCAUUUACACAUCAUCAUUGUUUUAAUAAUUUAUUGAUUUUCCUGUGUUAUUUGUUGUAAAUAAUAAAGUGUAAAUAAUGUUUGAAA